UGUGUGCGCGCGCUAGCAUGGAUGGUGGCACCGGGGCUUCCGCGCGGAACGGAGACUCUAAACGGCGCAAUAAGAGCAGCCUGCCGUCUCCCGGUUACCGUCUCUCCCAGGCGUCUCUGGAGGGCGACCGCCGCCUUUCCAUCAUGAGCUCCACGCGUGACACCGGCCCGUUUCGACCGGGCACCACCUCCGGAACCCCGACCACCCCUCAGCCGCACGCCGGUUCCGCGCCGCCCUCCGUGCAGCGCUCCGUGGGCUUCGCCUCCCGAGCCGCGCUGGCAUCCUCCUCCUCCUCCGGCACCGGGAUGGUAGUGGUCGCCGCCGGACCCGAGACCACCACCACCACCACGGCGGCCGGGACCCCGGAGGCCGGACCGGGGCUGGACGGUGAGGAUUACAGCUACUCGAACCAGUCCACCUUCAUCCAGAGGCAGUUCGGAGCCAUGCUGCAGCCCGGCGUCAACAAGUUCUCGCUCCGCAUGCUGGGCAGCCACAAGGCCGUGGCUCUGGAGCAGGAGAGGCUCAGAUCGGCCGGAGCCUGGAUCAUACAUCCCUACAGCGACUUCAGGUGCACAUUUCAACAAUUUAAAUCAACUUAA